AAAGAGCUUGAUGAGUUGCAACAUCACUGGAAUACACAUUACAUCAGGAGGUCCAGACAUGAUACUUUACCUGGAAGACCAGAUGAACUUUAUUUCUUGCCGGAGAAUGAAAAUGCUGUAAACCACGCACAUACUAUUGAAGAAGACAAGUAUCAUGAUAUGCUGAAUUACUGCCAUGAGUAUCACAAGGAAUCUCUUUACUAUGAAUACUUCACUCAUGUAUUUACCCUUGGUGGUUUUGAGUCACCAAACACCUGGAAUGAUGCAUUAACUUUAUACAGGGAGAUAUUAGGUGUAGCAGAAUGA